AUGAGAGGCAUUGGUAAGACCACUCUUGCCAAAACCAUCUGCAACAAGCUCUCCAAUCAAUUCAAGCAUCACAGCUUCAUUCCCGAUAUAAGAGAAUUAUGGAAGCAUAAUGGUGCAUAUUGCUUGCAGAAUCAGUUUAUCUUUGAUAUAUUUAAGCGAGAAAAUGAAGUUCAUAAUGAGGAUGAAGGGACUAAAUUCAUCUCCUCCAAGUUUAAAGGUAAAAAGAUCCUCGUUCUUUUUGAUGAUGUGGAUAAUGUCAUUCGGUUGAAACGUUUGGCUGGUAAACGUGAUUGGUUUUCUUCGGGAAGUAAGAUCAUUAUUACCACCAGAAACGAGAGCAUUCUUGAAGAGGUUGGGGUGGACUAUUCCUAUGACCUUAAGGAAAUGGAUAAUGAUCAGUCUUUGAUUCUAUUUAGCAAACAUGCGUUUCGAAAGGAUUCUCCUCCAAGGGAAUUUAAGGACCUCACGAAUGAAGUUGUAUCCAUCACGAGAGGACUUCCCUUGUCCCUUGAGGUUUUGGGUUCUCUCUUGUGUGGAAAAAAGCUAGCAUUCUGGAGAGAUACAAUAGACAAGUUAAAAAAAGUGCCUCCUAAGGAAGUGAGAGAAAAGUUAAGUAUCGGUUAUGAUGCAUUAGAGUACGAACAAAAGCAAAUAUUUUUGGAUAUCGCUUGCUUUUUCAUUGGCACCGACAAGAGAAUCGCAUCCUACAUGUGGGAGGCCUGUCACUUUUUCCUUGAGGAGGGAAUUGAUGUAUUGAGAUUCAUGUCAUUAAUAAAAAUUGGAGAUGAUCAUGAGCUGCGAAUGUAUGACCAACUAAGAGAUCUCGGUAGAGAAUUAAUUCGCGAGGAAAACCAGUGGGAGCCUUAG